AUGGAAUCUUCUCCAGCCAAUGCUGAUGUGGAACCAAACCUCGCCUUAAGCGAAACCAUCGAAAGGAAAAAGAAACUCGUUGACGAAAUCGCAACUACUUCCCCAACGAGCAAGGGACAAAAUGCGGUCACAACCGAGAAGCAAACCGUGAUUCUCACAGAAUCUACUGGAGCCUUUGGCUCAUACUUAUUACUAGAUCUCAUCGACAAUCCCUCGGUGUCUCACAUAUACUGUCUGAACCGAGGGCCAGAUUCCCAACAAUCUCAAAUCAAGCGCAACAAAACUCGAGGUGUUCCAAUCGACUUCCCUUCGGACCGCGUAACUUUCCUCAGCGGCAACCCCACCAAGCCAAACUUCGGGCUAGACCCAAAGACCUAUGCCCAAAUGUUUCAAACAACAACAAAGAUAAUACACAACGCGUGGGCGGUAAGCCUUACGGUCCCUCUCUCCGCCUUCGAAUAGCAAAUUGACGGGGUAAUCGCAUUCGCAAAAUUCGCAUACGAUUCUCCCACACAUCCAACAUUCCACUUUAUCUCCUCCACCAGUGCCGUCCGCGGCCUCUCAGACGCAUCCGUCAAAAUCCCAGAAGUCGUUAUCAAAGACAUCUCAGCAACCGCCGCAAUGGGGUAUGCACAGAGUAAAUACGUCUCCGAGGUCGUGCUUGACUACGCAGCCGAGAAACUCCUCAUUGAUGCUCGGAUCUCGCGAUUAGGACAUAUCAGUGGACCGGCUGUGAGAGCAGGGUUCGCGAACGCCGAUGAUUGGUUUACAAAUCUGGCGGUUAAUUCCGUGGCUGUUGGUGCUGUUCCCGCUUCAAUGGAGGGUGAUUUUGAUAACAUGGAUUGGAUGGCUGCUGAUGUGCUUGCGGAUGUUGUGGUGGGCCUGACGUUUGAUGAGAGGAAGGCGAGGGGGGGGAAUGCAGUGGUCUUUCAUCCACAAAAUCCCCAAGUGCAGAUUUGGCAAGAUUACGUUCCGAAGGCGGUGCAGAAAUAUGCUUCAAGCUUAGGCAAAGAGUGUGAGGUUGUCGCGUUGAAAGAGUGGUUGAAGAGGGUUGCUGAGGAUGCGGAGGCAUGUGGUUUGAAGGGUGAGGAGCUUGAUAAGCGAAGUCCGGGUGUGAAAUUCCUUCCUGUUUAUGAGCUUUUCUCGUACCAGAAGUUGCUUCCCAAGUUUGACCUGGCUAAGACUCUUGAAGCGAGUGAGAAGUUAAGGAAUGUGGAGGGUAUUAAACCGGAGUGGAUCGAGAACUGGUGCAGAGCGUGGAUGGCACAGUUUUAA